UUUCAAUUCACAAUUUCUUUUGACCUUCCAAAAGAAAAAUGGAUCUAAAAAUUACAAUGAAAUCUCAUAUAACAUUUUUACUAUACAUUAACUUAUUAAUUUUUUCAUGUUCAACUGAGAAAUAUUCUGAAAGAUCUAAUUAUCCUACUAAAACAACAGGUACUACAUCUACUAAUAGAGAAAAAUCUAAAAAAUCAUCUGAUUACAUUAUGUUAAAUGAUUCACCAACAUCAAAUGGAUAUAGUUUGUUGCGUAACGAUGUCAGUCGUCAGCAUUUACAUGUAUGGCGUGGACAUUCAUCACCAUUACUACAUGAACAUUUGCCUAUUUUACCACGCGCCCGAAAAGGUCAAGUAUGUCAAGUAGAAGUUGAAGAAUUUCAACCAUUAUUAUCAAUGGUUGGACACUUAGAACCUAAAAAAUUUGACUGUUCUUUUGCUAACGGAGAUGUCAUUUAUCGUCAUGAAGGGAAUCCACUUAUAAAUCAUGAUCAUGUACAAGUUACCAUUUUUUUCUUUCGUAAUAAUAAUUCAGUUGUACAAACUGUUGACAUCAUGAUCGAUAUCGAAGACCCACCAAUACAUUUAAACAAUAAUUAUGAGAUGAACAAUGUCACAAAUCAAAUUAUUCGUAAUAAUACCAAUAAUAAUACGAUGGAUAAUGAGAAAGAGUUAAAGAUGAAACAAGAUUCGUUAAUAAGUCCAAUACUACAAAGUAGAAUUGAACAACUGAAAGAGUUGACGGUUAAAAAUCUUCGAGCGACAAGUGAAAGUAUCAGUUCAGACAUAUUAAGGAUACGUUAUAAUUUAGAUAAUGAAGAAUGUCGUUUAGCUUAUGUUAGUCCAGAAUAUUUAAUAACAAGAGGACAAUUAACAAAUACUUCUGAUUGGUCAAUAUUAGGACGUUUAGGUGGUACUCAAACACCAAAACUUGGUUUACCAUUAACGUCAGGCAGUGCUGUUGGUGGAGUACGUAGAUGGCCAUUAUUUGGACAAAUUGUACAUUUUAAUCGGACAAUGGUUGAUUACAUUGAUAGAGAUUGUCAAGAGGCAUUGUUACAAGGUUACAGGUAUUUACAUCGUAGAGGUAACAGUUACGCAACAGAUUACAUACCAAUUCAAAUAACAAUAUGGAAUCGGAUGAAUGAUGGUUCAAGAGGUCAACAGAUAAUUGAAAGUAAAUUCUUGAAAGUGACAAUUUCAAAUGCACAAAAUAUGAAACCACCUGUACUAAGAGCAUUUCGACAAGUAAAUGUUACACAUAUAGGUGGUAGUUUAUCAAUUCUUCCACGUGAUAGUAUUAGUAUUCCAAGAGAUUCAAUUCCUGGUUGGGAAUAUUUAGAUAUAAAUAUGACAAGAAUGCAAGGUCCAUUACAAGCUCAAGUAGUUAAUCUACGUGAUCCAACACGACCAGUUACAAGUUUUCGUCUAGCUGAUCUUCGUCAAGGAUUAAUAGCAUUACAACUAUUGAAUUAUGCUGAAUCAUUAGUGAAGGUAUUCAUUAUUACAAUGACAGCAAUUGACCCAUAUUUUCAAAGUAGUCAACCAGUUAAUUUACGUAUUGCAACAUUUUUACAACCUGUAGUAGAUAUAAAUUCCUAUGUAUCAACAUCAAAUGCACCACCAUCAUUUCAAGUUUUCAGUUUACCGUUAUUUACAUAUACUGGUGCAAUUUCAUUAAUACAAAAGCAUAAUAUUCAAGUUGUUGGUUAUAUUGAUGAAAGUAUGAUUGUCUAUACUAUCAGAUCAAGGUUGAAUGAAGAGAUUAAUUUCAAUAAUAAAUUAGAAAUAAAUAAACCCCAAGGUCAACUACUAUUGGAUAGUCAGUCAGCAUAUGAUGUAAAUUUCGGUCCACCACAUAUUGCUUCUAUGAGUUUAGCAUACAUACAUAACGGUGAAUAUGAACCGACUGUUGAAAGAAUUCCAUUAUCGAUAACAAUUCCUAGUUUAAUUAAUUCACGUUCACGAAUAAAACGUGAACAAUUUUUACAAAACACUACUAUAGAUAAUGAUUAUUCCAGCGUAAGUAAUAAAAAUCAUUAUCAAAAUCAUGGAGAUUAUUUAAGAUUGAAUGAUCAUAGUAAACCGGGCAAAAAACAUAAAAGAACAGCACAAAGUUUGCCAGUUAUACAGUUAGAAUUAUCAAUAAGAAUUGUUCGAUUAUAUAAUAACAUUAACAAUGGUGCUUUAAAAUCAGGUAAUACAUUUCAUUUGCCUACAUUAUCAUCAGUAUGUUUUACAGCAGAAGACUUUCUUACCACAGAAGCAUUGAACGCUGCACGUCAAGAUAUGAUUAAUUUAGCAUUUGUUAUCAAAGUUGCACCUAGUCAAGGUGUACUAGUUCGAUUGCCAAUUGUGAAAAAUUUCACUACUUAUCAUUAUCUUCGUAAAAAUAGUCAAUACACUGGUAAUCAUAAUAAACAAUUAGAUAUGAAAUAUUUUACCGAUGAUGAAAUCCCAGUAGAUAAUGAUGAAAUGAUAAUGGUUGAACAACAGGAAUUAAUUGAAAAAUCACAAAUUGGUGUCAUUCUUUUAUCGGAUUUAGAAACAGGUGAAGUGUGCUACUUAAAUCAACGUCAUGAUCGUUCAACUGAUUUAAUGGGUAUUAAACAAAUUGGUCGAGUUGAUUUCCCAACGGUUUACAUGACUUUUGAAAUACAAUCUCCUAUACCUAUUGUAAUCGUUGAAAGAAUAGAUCCAAAUGUUGUGUUACGUGUACGUGAAACUGCUUCAUACAUUCCAUUAACAUCAUUACAUUUAAAUUAUGGCAUAGAAUGGAAUAUACCAUCACAAAGUUUUGAGCAAUACAACCAGUCAAUAAUUAAUAAUCUUGGACCAGAAAAUAUUGUUUAUACUAUACUUCAAACACCUCGAUUAAAACAUUUAGAAGAUAUAACAAAUAUGCAUAAACAUGCAUAUAUUGGAACACAUGAUGCUGGACGGUUAGUUAGUUUAUCAUCGAUUAUAUCUAGUACACAUGUUGGUGAUAUGAAAUUACAAGCUGGUUUAGCAAUUAAUCUACGUAAAGCUCAAGUACCAUGUGUUAUAAAAUUUACACAAAGACAAAUUGAUGAAAAUGAUAUUGUUUAUGUGCCACCAACUCAAGAUAUAGGAUAUACAGAUCAAGACAUAAUAAUACGUUAUACUGUUUCUGGUCCCGGUGGUUAUGAAUUAAAUAAUCGUGAAAUAAGAAUACAACUAGUAGCUGAAGAUAAUCAGAUACCACAAAUUAAAAUCAUCUCCCCUUUAAGAUUACAUCGUGAUGGUGAAUUAUUCAUUGAUUCAAGUGUGUUAUCAGUCAGUGAUUUAGAUACACCAGAAGACAAAUUAUUACUUCAAUUUGAACGUUUACCAAAAUAUGGUAAAAUUCUAUUAAAUCUUAUUCAAUCUACUCAAUAUCAUCAAAUAAAUGAAAAUUCAAAUAAAUCACAAUAUUUACCAGUUGUUAAAAAUCAAAAUAUUCCACUUAGUUUGUUUAAGAGCAGAAAAUUAAUUUAUCGACAAUCUGGUGACAAUGUCAAACAAGAUGAUUUCAUUAUAACAAUAACUGAUGGCAUUCAAACAUCCACACCGUUACAUGUACCGAUAGAAAUUAAACCAAGAAUAUUACAAGGUAACAAAUGGAAUCAAUUAGUCAAUAAUACAAUAUUAGUGAAAGAGAAUUCAAGUGUAACACUGACACCGUCUGUUUUCCCAACGGAUACAAUUGAUGUGAAUGCAUCACCAGCUGAUAUAUUGACUGCUUCCUCUACUGCACCACAAUACUUUGUUAUUGUAUUUCCAACAAAAGGCAAUUUAUUAAUAAAUCAUAAAAAUAAAGUAUCACAAUUUACAUAUAAAGAUAUUUUAGAAAAUCGUUUAACUUAUCGUCAUGGUCCAGCUGAAAUCGGUGUUAAAGGAGCUUAUGAUUUUGUAAGAAUAUGGGAUUUCAGUGCUGGUGAAACGUUCAGUUUAAAUUUCACAUUAAUGCCAGUGAAUAGUCAACCGCCAGUACUAAAAAGUGAAACAUUAUUACAGGUUAAAGAAGGUGAUAGAGUUGAAAUUACGCCAUAUGCCCUGUAUGCUACAGAUCCAGAUACGAAUGAAUGCGAUAUACAAUUACACGUGAUACAUACACCGAAAUGGGGUCAUAUCGAAUUGGUGAAGAAGUUUAUUCAUGCUCAACAACAGAAUUUCUCCACCAAAGAUUCAUUGUCCAGUGAAUUCGACGAUACGGAUUCAAUAAAUAUUGAACAAAAUUUAGAUGAAAAAUUAACCAAAGAGCAUAUUUUAAGUUUUAAUAUGCAAAAUAUACGUGACGGUUUAAUAUAUUAUGUAAAUUCCAUACAUGGCAAUGGUCAAGAAUCAAUUGAAGAUAUAUUUAGUAUAAAAGCAUUUGACGGUACUUAUUAUUCACCGAAAACAAUUGAAAUUAAAAUAGCCAUCCAACCAACCAACGAUGAAAUACCAGAUGUUCGCUUACUGAAAUAUUUUUCUGUACCAAUGAAUACAAGAAAAGUUUUAACACCAUAUUUAUUUAGUGUUAGUGAUAUGGAUGUACCGAGAGAUAUGUUACAAAUACGUUUUACUGAAUUGCCAAUUUAUGGCAGCUUAUCAGUUUAUUGGCAACAUGGUGAAAAGUACAUUAUUACACCUCAUAGUAAUCCAAUUACUGAAUCAUAUUUAGGUAUGUUAAAUCUACUUUAUUUACAAAAUGGUUCAUUAAUAAAACCAACAACAAUAAGUCAACCAUAUUCUUCAUCAAUUAUUACAAUAGAUCGAUUUAGUGUGGUAGUAUCUGAUGGUAAGCAUACAGUAGAACGUCAAGCACAUGUUCUAAUUAGACCAAUGAAUCAAUAUCCACCAGAAAUGUAUAUAGAUAGUGAUCAAAUAAAUAAUGAUGGAAUGAUAUUGGAUGGUCAACAAUGGACACGAUUAGAUUCUAAACCUGGUGGUCUUAUUAUUAAAGAUAUCGAUACAUCAGAAGAUGAUUUAAUUAUAACAAUAUUGGAAAAACCAAAAUAUGGUGUAAUCCAACGUUUACCACGUAUGUUACCUACAGAUGGUAUAGUUGAUAAUUUAGAUUUAAUUGAAGAAGCAUGGGAUAUUGAAGAGAUGAAAGCUGGUGAUGAUUUACAAGCAUUAGCACAAUUAUCAGUUGCAGGAAGUAUUGGUGGACCGAAAACAGUUAAAAUACUAGAUCGUGGUGAUCAAUUUACAAAACGUCAAAUUACUAGUGGUCGAAUCCAUUACCUUUACACAGGUCAGUAUGAAGAUCAAUAUCUUACUGAUUCAUGUUUAAUUCGUUUAUCUGAUGGACAAUAUUCAACUGAUCCUAUUUUUCUACGUUUUCAUGUACGUCGAGUAAAUGGAAUGAAUGGAGGAUUAAGUCAUUCAUCAUUGCCUUACCUUCCUAUUACUAAUCUACAACCUUUACGUCCAUUAGAAUAUCCAGAGAUGAAAAGUACAACUAAUGAAGAAAAUGACGGAGAAGUAAAUCAAAUGCAUCAAGACGAUGCUUUAGACACAAUAUCAGAUUCCUUUAAUACUGUGAUAAUAAAGGCGACAAUCAAUAGGUUUACAUUUAUUCAACAUAAAGAUAUUCAGUCAGACAAAAUAAACGAUAAUCAAAUUAAAAUAACAUUUAAUUCAAAUGCUGAUAGUUUUAUCCCUUCAUGUGGAUUGCUAGCACGUACAUCAGCACCACUGAAAAGCAUUAUAGAAUUCACUGAUGAUGAAGUUAAAAAUCAUCAGAUUGUUUUUUAUGCUUUGAACUGUGAAAGUUAUCUUAACAAAAACUUUCAAAUAGAUUUUAAACUAGCCACUUCAUCAGGAGACUAUUUAGGUCAGAAAUCAAUAAUGGUGUUGAUUCAAAAAAAUAAACGUGAUCUACCUGAAUUAGAAACUUAUUCUGAACUGAUUAUCUUGCCUUAUACAGAUACGUUAGUUAGAACAAGUCACUUAUCUUUCAAGGACAAAGACACUAAUCCCAACCAUUUAAUUUAUGCGGUAACAGAACACGGUAAACAAAAUAAACAAUAUGGUCAACUGAUCAAUGCUCAAAACGAAACAAUCAAAUGUUUUACUCAGUCACAAAUCAAUUCACGUCAAAUUUUGUUCAGCUCAUAUACACAAGGAAAUCUAUCAUUUUCAAUUCAUCUACACAUAUUUGAUGCUGGUGAUAUAGGAAAAAUCAAUAACUUUAAUCAGUUAUGUCAUGACAUUCUACAUUCAUACAGUUCGGUAAAUGAAGCAAAUACUGAAGAUAAUAUAAAUCCAUUCUUCGAAAGAAUGGUAUAUAGAAUCAAGCAAAAUCAAACAAACACCAUCACUUCAAACGAACCGCUUAAAUUGAAAGUUCAAUAUAAAAAUUUCGAAAAUUUAAACAAGAGCAAUAAUUUAUUAAUUAAUAACGCUCCAAAACCUGAAACUUUAGAAACUAUUCUCCCAGGACAUGUAGGAUUCUAUUUAGACAGUGAAAAUAUUUAUACAUUAAAUCCAUGGAUAAAAUUCAAAAUAUUAAAUCAUGAAAAAAUGAAUUGUGAAUUAUUUAAUAAGAUCGAAAAUAAAUCAGUACAAGACUAUUUCUAUCAAAAUGAUUUAAAUAGACGUAAAUUAGUAGUUCUUUUAUUAAAAGAUAAAAAUAAAUUUAAAAAGUCAAGAAAAAAGCUAUCACCUUCCUCAAGUGAUACAGUAUGUCAUAUACAUUAUGAACUUCACGAUGUGAACGAAUCGGCUGAAAGGAAAAGACAUAGUUUGGAAUUAAGCUGGAUUAAACUUGGCUUUGAUCAUAAAGUGUACACAGUCUGUCCAGAAAGAGGUCUCUUAACAUUAACCGUCAUACGAAAGGGUGCAAAGCAAGCGUUACAAUCAACUUUAACAGAUGUCUACGUCGGACUUUCAUCUGAUACAGCGAUCGAAGGAAAAGAUUUCAGUCUACAUUCACAAAAACUAAUUGUUUUUCAGAAAGGUGAACUUAAAAAAAAUGUAUUAAUACGUUUCCAUCCAACUAUAAGAGAUUUCAAACAACAAAAGUUACGAUUUUACGUCGAUCUUAAAUUACCAACAGGAGCUAUUUUGGAUCGAAAACGUAGAGCUGAAGUAAUUGUACAUGAUUUCCAUGGAAAAUGUGAAUCAAAAUCAUACUAUGCGCCAGUAAAACUAGAACAGAGAACUAAACUAGUGAACAACCCUGUAAAACGAGAUGUCACACGUGUCACUCACUCAAAUCUAAAUAAAUUACAGAACAAUCCGAUUUAUUUAUCUAAUGUACAUACGAAUAAUGAUAAAUACAAUGAUUAUUUGACUGACUUUUAUUGGCAAUCAAAUCAACAAUACAAAAUGGAGAAUGAUGCAGUCAAAAGUCAUAUUAGCUUAACUGACUGGCUUGCAACAAAUGAUCUACCAGAUUCUAAAACAUUAAGUGCAUCCUAUGAAAAUUACAUGCACUCAAAUGCGCAUAAAAUACAUUGUUUAGAUGGAUGGAAAUUUUAUCAACAUCGUUGUUACCGGCUCUAUGAAAACAAAGAAAUGACUUGGGAAGAAGCACGAAAUUAUUGUGAACUGCAAGAUGGCUUUUUAACUAGUAUUACAGAUGAAUCAAAUUUGAAAUGGUUGACUGAAACGUUUCAAAUACGUAAUCCAUUUUGGAUAGGUCUUCAUCAAAAACAAUCACGUGGUUCAUGGGUUUGGCAUAAUUUUGAACACGUUGGCUUUGCAAAAUGGGAUAGAGGAUACCCAGUUAGUACAAAAUGGCGAUCAACUAAUAAACAUAUAAAACGUAAGCGUCACCAAUCACAACAACAAAAAAAUCACAGAGGACCCAAAGCCUGUGUACUUGCAACUUCUUAUUUACACUGGCAAAAUCGAUUUUGCAACCGAAUCAUCAAAGGUGUGAAUUUUAUAUGCAUGAAGAAUCCUGAAAUAUUCUAAGUGAGAAAAGAACAUAACAGUGAUGUUAAUAGAAAUAUCUGAUUGAUUUGUUCAAUGAAAAAAGCCUCUCGCUAUAUUCCUUCUCAUAUCUUAUGACAGAUAUCUCUAUUGGCUAUAAUUAUUUUACAACAUAAUAUAAACUUUAAUAUCAACAUUAUAAUGAAUUUCACAGGUAGCCUGUCAAAUUUUAUGAUUGUUAUCAAUACUGCUACUUAUUAUUCGAAAACAAAUAGUAGAAACUACUCUAAUUUAAGAAUAUCCAUAUAAACCCAUAACACAGACAUUUCUAUAAAUAUGUAUUCACGGGAAAGUAAAUACUCCCGUAAAUGGAGUACCCACGGGCAAAACAACUGAUACAAGAAAAUUUCAAAAGCAUUUGUUUCGCUUACGACUUUCUUAGGAUUCCUAUGCACGUUAACUCCUUUUUUCUAUUCCAACGCUAUGUAGAACUGUAAUUCGUCACUUCAUUUUUCAUUAAAAAUUGUAAACUUUGUGCUAUACAUACAUUUUGGACAUUUCUAUUUUGUGUUUCCUAUUUACGAUUUGAACGCACUUAUAAAUAGAUAGGUGACGGCUUUAUGUACUGAAAAUCUUUAGAGAUCCAAUAACUGUCGAGGAAUAUAUCCAGAUGUGGUGAUUUCUAAGUACUGAGUGGUGAUAAACGUUUAACUCUUUAUGCUUUGCUAUUUAUUUGAAGAGUUACCGUUUAUGGUAAACAGCUUAUUCCAAUCCCAUACCAACUAACUUCCACAAUGUCUUGUUCUAAAUAUUAUCAACCAAUAAUCAUCGCCCAACUUUUAAUGACAAACUACAAACUCUAUGUUGAUAUCAACUUACAAAAACCUCUGAUCUACAGCCAAGUUAUUCACCAGAAUGAUAUCAGUAGAAGAGUAGGCAAUAUGGUAAAGUUAUCAAUAUGAAACUCAAGAGGUUUAUGAAAAUAAGCCUGACAUUAGAAGUACAACUUAAUCAAAAACUUCCAAAUCUAAUGGUCAUUAGGGUCGUCUUCGCUUAGAACAGAGAAGAUCGUACUUAUGUACAUAAGCUCAGGUUGCCAUACCACGUUAACACAGAGACGAAAACGUCAGUCCGAAUCCAACAGUGGUGGAGAUAGUACAAGUAUUAGCAGUAAUAAAACGAUUUGUGACGGAUGAUAUAAUUCAAGAACUAAAUUUCAAUGAGAUAAAUUUAGGAGAAAGAUAGAAGUGACGAGGAAUUCAGGUGGUGAGAAUAUAAGAGAACACAAAGAUUAGAUGCACCUGCGCCACUGCAAACGAUUUUGAUUCAUGUAGUUCAAGGCCAUCUACCGCGAGACGAAACUCAACAACGGAUAGAAACCUUG